AUGCAGUUUAACACAAUUGCUGUUUCACUUGGCUUGUUUGCCCUACACGCUAGCGCUACACCUUAUUGUAAGGUCGAACUACUGGCCAAAAAUCAACUUAAUUUAAACUCAUGGUUUUCACUACAACCGGCGGCCUAUGUUCUGCCUGGCCGGCCCGGCCGUUUCAAGACCGCAGCCUAUGAGCUUCAUUUUGAAACAAGCGCCGACUGCAGGUUUAUUGAAAGUCAAACGCUUACAGGGACAAUUGAAAACGAAGAGUGGAAACUUCAGAUUUCUAGGGUAAAUGCAUAA